AUGUCUUCAUCGUCAGUUCUCGACAUUUCUGUAAAGGAAAUUUGUCCUCCCCCUCAAACUGUAGCAAUUGGUACUGAUAAAAAAAAAUGCAGAAGAAGGGGAAAAACUGGUCAUUUGAAUUCAACACCAGAAAUUCAUGAACUCAAAGAGAAGGUUAUAGAAAAGGAAACAAAGAUAAGAAAACAACAAACCAGUAUAGUAAAACGGAAACUUGUCAUUGAAAAUGACAGUUCUGAUGAAGAUGAAUCCGCCUUAGAGAACUUUUUGGAAAAGGGACAAGAUGACUCAGAUGAUGAUGCUAGCUGCCUUUACUGCAAUGAGUUAUUCUCGCACUCACGUGCAAAAGAAAAGUGGAUUCGUUGUCAAAAAUGUAACUCGUGGUGCCAUAAUGAGUGCGCUGGUGUUUCCUUCCAUUGCAAGUCUUUUAUUUGUGAGCUCUGUACCUAA